CGCUUUGCGAGCGGCCGCUACCGUAUUCUCUGCGCGACUGAUGCAGCGGGUAUGGGUUGCAAUGUCGCCGACAUCCGCUACAUCGUCAUCUUAAACUGCCCGCGCUCGUUGUCGGUCGUGGCGCAGCGCUGGGGCCGGGCUGGCCGUGACAGAACAACGCAAGCCGUCUGCUUGCUGUUAGUC